CAGAAACAGGGGAGGUAUUAAGCAACAAAUUCUGCUCUGUUCUACAUCUAUGAAAAUGGAGUCCUCCCUCUGGCUUGUUCCAUUGAUGAUCGCAUUAGCUGCUAGUUGGAGCUCUACAGCAGUAGUACAAGGCCAGCUGAAAAAUGGGUUCUACUCUUCAUCUUGCCCCAAGGCAGAGGCCAUUGUCAGGUCGGCGGUCGAAUCGGCCUUUAAAGACGAUCCUUCCAUUGCUCCUGGUCUGCUCAGACUUCACUUCCACGAUUGCUUUGUUCAGGGCUGCGACGGUUCAGUGCUGAUUUCGGGCCCUAACGCGGAGAGGAGCGCGCCACAGAACCUCGGAAUACGAGGCUUCGAAGUGAUCGACGCGGCGAAAACCCAACUGGAAGCGUCCUGCCCUGGCGUCGUGUCCUGUGCUGAUAUUCUUGCUCUGGCUGCUCGGGAUUCCGUAGAUUUGGUAACGAAGAUACAGCUUUUAGUGACGCAAGUAACUUAUUUUGUCAUGAAAAUCAUCCGUCGCUAAAGGUCAUUUGACAAUUUCUUUUUCUUGUUUGUUUGGAAUUUGUUGAAACAGAGUAAUGGUCCAAGCUGGGCAGUCCCCACGGGAAGAAGAGAUGGGAGAGUCUCUUCCGCUUCCCAGGCAGCGGUUUUACCGUCGCCUCUCGAUUCCAUUGCUGCCCAGAGGCAGAAAUUCGCCGCUAAAGGGCUCGACGAUCACGAUCUCGUCACCUUAGCUGGGGCACAUACAAUCGGGCAAACAGAGUGCAGAUUCAUGAGCUACCGUCUCUACAACUUCACGGCGACGGGGAACGCCGAUCCGACGAUCAGCCAGUCUUUCCUCGCGCAGCUUCAGACGCUCUGCCCCAGAAACGGCAACGGUCUGAAGAAGAUCCCGCUGGACAGGGACAGCCACGGGAACUUCGACACCAGCUUCUUCAAGAACGUGAAGGCAGGGAACGGGGUGCUGGAGUCGGACCAGAGGCUGUGGGACGACGCGAACACGCGGCGGAUCGUGGAGAAUUACGCGGGGACGAUACGGGGGCUUUUCGGGUUUCGAUUCGAUUUCGAGUUCUCGAAGGCGAUGAUCAAGAUGAGCGGCGUUGAGGUGAAGACGGGGAGGGAUGGCGAGAUUAGGAAAGUCUGUUCUAGGGUUAAUUGAGUUUUGAAAUGGGGGUGGUGGUACUGUAGCAACGGUUUCAAACAAUGUCGUGAUUAAAUGUGUGAAAUGGUAUUAGGAUAGGAAGUGUGAUAUGGAUGUAGACAUGUAGUAAACGAAGCCACGUUUAUAGAGAUCGUUGUAAUAAUUUGACGGUACAUCUUUAGUUUGGUUACCAGUCUUUCAGAAGUCGGAAUAUUUCACGCUUAAAAGAUACUUGAAUACUAUUAUUCGGGUACACCGUACACGACACUUCUUUAAGCAUUCUCUACUUCUCCAAGAUCAAGGCAUGCUUUC